AUGGAGUCCUCCACUCUUCCCCCAGAUAUGUUAUUCGAAAUCUUUAGCCGAACAAAUCUAAAGACUAUUGGGCGAUGCAGAAUGGUCUCCAAGGAUUUGAACUUGAUCACCUAUGAGUCAAGUUUCAUGCAAGCAUUCCGUCACAGAACAAAAACAAUAGCUGGAUUCUUCACACAAACCUCGUUUUCUAGCAAGCCCAUGUCUCAGCGUUUUGUCUCCAUCACGGAUUUUGGUACUGAUUCCAACCUGCUCUCCCUUAAUUUUUUGCCUUGUCAUGCCAAAAUCAAAGCAGCUACCAAACAAGGUAUCUUAUUAUGCGUGAAUGAAAAUAACACAAGAAGAUUACGAAUACCCGAAUAUUAUGUCUGCAAGCCUAGUACCGAAGAAUGGCACCCCAUACCAAAUCCUAGAACACGAUACUUCACCGAAGGAAUUGGCAUGGUGGCAAUCAGAUUAGAUCCUUUAUGCUAUAAGAUAGUUCGAUUUUCAAAACCUAAGUGUGCAUGCAUCAACUACAAGUCUAUAUCGUACAAUGCUCUUCAUUGCGAAAUUUUUUCAUCCGAGACAUGGGCAUGGAAACGAUUAAAUGAUGUUUUGUUGCCAUGGGGCGAGCUCUUAAGUUGGAAACCUGCCGUGUCUACACGCGGUGCACUUCAUUGGCUUAUAACCAACAACAAAAUCUUCGCAUUUUUUGUAGAUACUGAGAGUUGGAUAACAUUUGAACUACCUUUCGCUUUGUGCAAUGAGCAUCAUUUUGAGCAUAUGAAGGUAGUGGAGUAUGGUGGCCGCCUUGCGAUGCUUUGCAUGGAAGAGAGUUCUUUGCACCUGUGGGUAAUGGAAGAUUAUGACACCAAAGUUUGGAGUAAGAGACAAACUAUGAGCAUUGAAGCCGUUCAGCGUGUAGAACACGAUACGUCUCCCUUAUGUUUUGACAAUUCUGAUAUUGCACUCAUGCAGGGGUUUUGCAGCCUAAUAUUGUACAACUUUAAAACUUGCAACUCCAAUGUAUGCAAGUUGAGGAUCGAUGACCAUCCAGAUGAAGUUUUUCCCUUCCAAUCUGAUAUAGAAUAG